AGCUGUCUGAACGAAGCCCGGCCGAUAAAAACCGAGCCGUCAUGUUCCAGUCCCUCCCUCUCCGCCUCAGUCCGCCGGCCAGGCUGCAGCUUCAGACUGACUCUUCGGAACCAAACUACACACAACAGCCAUGUCUGAGAAACUGCCCUACAAAGUUGCUGACAUCAGCCUGGCGGAGUGGGGCCGGAAGGCCAUCGCCAUCGCAGAGAACGAGAUGCCGGGCCUGAUGAAGAUGAGGGAGCUGUACGGCCAGUCCAAGCCGCUGAAGGGCGCGCGCAUCGCAGGCUGCCUGCACAUGACGCUGCAGACCGCCGUGCUCAUCGAGACCCUGACGGCCCUCGGAGCUGAGGUUCAGUGGUCCAGCUGCAACAUCUUCUCCACCCAGGACCACGCCGCCGCCGCCAUCGCCAAAACCGGCGUUCCAGUUUACGCCUGGAAGGGCGAGACGGACGAGGAGUACGUGUGGUGCAUCGAGCAGACGCUGUACUUCAGAGACGGAGCGCCGCUCAACAUGAUCCUGGACGACGGAGGAGACCUCACCAACCUGGUGCACCAGAAAUACCCCAAGCUGCUGGCAGGUAUCCGCGGCGUUUCGGAGGAAACCACCACAGGAGUUCAUAACCUCUACAAGAUGUUGAAAAAAGGCGACCUGAAGAUGCCAGCCAUCAACGUCAACGACUCCGUCACCAAGAGUAAGUUCGACAACCUGUACGGCUGCAGGGAGAGUCUGAUCGACGGCAUCAAGCGAGCCACCGACGUCAUGAUCGCCGGGAAGGUCGCCGUGGUAGCGGGCUACGGCGACGUCGGCAAAGGCUGCGUCCAGGCGCUGCGGGCCUUCGGCGCCCGCGUCAUCGUCACGGAGAUCGACCCCAUCAACGCCCUGCAGGCCGCCAUGGAGGGGUACGAGGUCACAACGAUGGACGAAGCCUGCAAGGAGGGAAACAUCUUCGUCACCACGACCGGCUGCGAGGACAUCAUCCUGGGGCGCCAUUUUGAGAGCAUGAAGGACGACGCCAUCGUCUGCAACAUCGGACACUUUGACUGCGAGAUCGACAUGAACUGGCUGAACAAGAACGCCGCGGAGCGCAUCAACGUGAAACCGCAGGUGGACCGGUACCGGAUGAAAAAUGGCCGCCACGUCAUCGUGCUGGCGGAGGGCCGCCUGGUGAACCUGGGCUGCGCCAUGGGUCACCCGUCCUUCGUCAUGAGCAACUCCUUCACCAACCAGGUUCUGGCCCAGAUCGAGUUGUGGACCAACACGGCCAAGUAUCCGGUUGGAGUCUACUUCCUGCCCAAGAAGGUGAGCAGCCAAUCCGAUGCAGAGGAACCGGUCCAACGUUUUCAUCUAGAUGCUAACAUCUAGAGCAGGGGCCACCAACGCAGGGGCCACCAACGCAGGGCCCCUGCGUUGAUGGCCCCUGCGUUGUGGCCCCUGUGUUGGUGGCCCCCUGUGUUGGUGGCCCCCU